AUGGGGCUCGCCAGGAACCUGGCCGGCUGCGGUGCCGCCCUCUCCCACGUGCUGCUGCUGCUGCUCCACAUUGAGGUGCUGGUGCAUUCAGGGCUGGGGGAACCAGAUCCCAAGAUUAACGGGCAAUCACUGUUGGUGAGCACCAUGCAGGAGGAUGAGAGCCGGGACUUCACCUGCCAGGUGGACAGCUGGCAGGCCGUGCCCAUGCUCACCUGGUACCUGAAUGGCAAGAAGCAGGAGACCAAUGGUUCCACAGUGUUGACCACCUUGGCUGAGGCCUUUGAGCAGAGCUCCAGCACUUUCACAGUGACGGCGCAGCGUGCAGACAGGGAACUGAACUGCUCACUGACAGACCCGGCCUCUGGCAAGACCUCCAACGCCUCGGUGCUCCUCAACGUGCAGUUUAAACCGGAGAUCAUGACGAUGAACGCAAAGUACCAGGAGGCCAAGGACCCAGGUCUCUUCAUGGUUCUCUUUGUCCUGGUGCGGGCCAACCCCCCAGCCAGCAUCACCUGGAUAGACCAGGAUGGGCACGUGAUGGUGAAUACGUCCGACUUCCUCAUCCUGGACACCAAGAGCUACCCCUGGCUGACCAACCAUACCGUGCAGGUGCAGCUCAGCAGCGUGGCCAAGAACUUCUCUUUUACCGCAGCCAACAAUGUCGGCAUCACCAACUCCUCCAUCCUGCCGCCGGGUCUCCUGGAUACCCGUGUGGAGCUGCCCCUCCUGGCCAUCAUUGUUGGAGGAGCCUUGGCACUGGGGACUCUCGUCUGCCUCAACACCCUCAUCAUCUGUGUCGUCUGCAGGAAGGGGAAGGCGUCAGGGCUCUCUGGACCUACGCCGCCGCCUCCGAGCGAUUCCAACAACCUGAAGCUGAACAGCGUGCGACUGCCACGAGAGAACAUGUCCCUCCCAUCCAACCUACAGCUCAAUGACCUCACACAGGAGGCCAAAGCCAGCCGUGGAGACGCAGGAAUCCAGACUGAGCGGAAGGACGAUGCCCUAUCAGAGCCAGAGAACAGCCUGGGCCUUGGUAAUAGAGGUUUCGUCCGGUUCCCGAUGGUUGGGCACAUUUACAAAGUGUCCAGCAUGAGCAGUGAUGAGAUAUGGCUGUGA